GGAAACCAACGGUUCCCUAGCUCUUCUUACUAAACCUAAACACUCGGACUUGCUUGUACAUUCUGAGGGCACACCAGCAGCGGCGUCAGGAACAGAGUGUGUGUGCACCUCUCCGACUGAGCGACACGACCUGCGCGCGGAGAACGUACUUUCCCCUCCCCGCAGGACGUCCUGACAAGCGUCCCAAAAUUUACUGUGGCUGUCAGCAAUAACUUGUGACUGGGCAAGUGCAUCGCAAUAAUUCAGAGGACAGAGAAGGAGAAGGUCAGCGAAAGGCAUGGCGGCAGUUUUACCCAGAACCCUCGGGGAGCUGCAGCUCUACCGCAUCCUGCAGCGGGCCAACCUGCUGUGCUACUACGACGCCUUCAUCCAGCAGGGCGGCGACGACGUGCAGCAGCUGUGCGAGGCAGGCGAGGACGAGUUCCUGGAGAUCAUGGCGCUGGUGGGCAUGGCCAGCAAGCCGCUGCACGUGCGUCGGCUCCAGAAAGCGCUGCGAGACUGGGUGACCAACCCCACCCUCUUCAACCAGCCGCUCACCUCCCUGCCCGUCUGCAGCAUCCCCGUCUACAAGCUGCCCGAGGGCUCCCCCCGCGAACCGACCGUCAAGGUGCCCAAGUGCGUGGCGGCUGCCUGCGUGGACCCCGCCAAAACCGAGACGGGCAGCGCCCCAGCCCACCCGGGCGGGUCGCCCCUGCAGAGCGGCCCCGAGCCUCGCUUCUGGGGGGCCCCGGGGCCUGACAGUGAGCAGAGCCUGUCGCCGGCUGAGCUGGGGUCACCCGCGUCCCCCCGCGAGGGAUUGGAGGCCCUGGAUGCGGCGGCGGUGCAGUCGGUGGCGGAGUGCGUGGACAGGAUGGCCAGGGCGCUGCCUCGGGCGGACUCGGCCGAAGCCAGGGAGCAGCUGCGGGGAAACAAGAAGCUGGCCAGGAUGAUUGGGCACAUCUUCGACAUGAGCGACGACGACCCCCGCCGGGAGGAGGAGGUGCGCAAGUACAGCGCCAUCUACGGCCGAUUCGACUCCAAGAGGAAGGACGGCAAGCACCUGACGCUGCACGAGCUCACGGUGAACGAGGCUGCAGCACAGCUGUGCAUGAGGGACAUGGCUCUCUUGACCCGAAGAGAUGAACUCUUUGGUCUGGCUCGACAGAUCUCCCGCGAGGUCACCUACAAAUACACAUACAGGACCAGCAGAUCUCGAUGCGGAGACAGGGAUGAGCCAUCUCCGAAGAGGAUAAAAACAGAGGAGGGGCUUUUUGACCUCCAGGAGGCGCUGCAGGCCAAUCACAUGCGGCAGGAGACGUUGCGGGAGCAACUAGCCCACGCCAAGUUGAAAGGGGAGGAGACUCUGAGCCGAAACCUCCAGGUCCAGCUGGAGAGGCUACUCUCCCGACAGAUGGAGAUACUGCACGAUGCCGCGGCGCAGGAAAGGCUACAGCUCCUGGACUGGAGGAUCCCCGCGGCCGCUUUCAAACACCGCGCCGUCGACCAGCACCGGACCAACGGCGUCUCCGCGGACAAGACUGCCGACCAGCAAGCAGAAAGUCCACUGAACCUACGGGUGCCCGGACAAAGGAACGCAAUGCUUGAUGGGGACACGCCCUUGGGGAAGCAACUGGCCAAUGAGCUAAAGAGGCGCCACUCUACUGGCGAAGCAGCCAUGCCUACCACAGAAACGCGGAAAACCGAAAACAGGAACGGGACCGACCACUCGGCGCUCAACCUCUCAGAGCGAAAAUCCAUCAAAGCCGAGCCGGAGGACUCCAGAUAACAGCCCAGCCUUCAUCCUCCUCCUCCUCCUUUCUUACAAACACAUUUUGUUCAUUAGUGAAUACUAAGCAAGCACAGCUACAGUAGAGCCUUAAUAACCAAUGUUGCCUCAGAAAAAAAUGGUGUUCUUUUUCUCGUUUUUUUGGCCAAAACACUUGGAAACAUUCGCCAACGCCGGAGGAAAUGUGUGCUCUCUCUUUCUCUCUCUCCCUCUGUUCUUGUCUGUGUGACGGGGAAGAGCCCAGCAGUCCUUUUGUACAUAUGUUAUUUUUCGGAAAAGUGCUGUGUAAGUUCUUUUUUAAGCGUCAUGUGUAUAAAGAGAAGAAUGCGGUAAAAAAAAAAAAUGUUUCCGCACAAAACGAGGGAGUCGCUGCGCGCGUUUUAUGCGUAAACGGUCCCAUUUGACACGCUGCGUUCUGGAAUUUAGCUAUCAGGAACAGCGCACUUCAGGCUGCAGUGCUAGAGGCAGCCAGGAGAUGCGAGUGAGGAGACAUGCUGGCUAUCUUCUGAACUGCAGACCAAGCACGACCUGUCUUUAGACAGCAGCUCGUUUCAUAGCAGGUCCUUCCAAGUGUUGGAACAAGGACAUUCCUUGUUCUUUUAAACAAGGAAAAGCUAUUUUAAAAUCUGAUGUUAAAAUUCAAAGUAUAUUGAGGGAUACAUAAUCCUGUAAAUAAUAACAAUAAUAAUAAUAACAAUAAUAAUAUCUUGAUCUGAAAAGGCAGUUUUGUUACUUGAUCACUCCACCCUGUAUGUUAAUGCGUUGAUUUCGAUAUUAUUUAUUUGUUAGAAGAGCAAUAUGGAAUAGCAGUCGUUCAGAAACUCUGUGAGAGUGUCUAGUUGUCCCACCGCCUGGGUGGUGUGUUGUGAAAUAUGUCUGUGUUGCAUAUCUGUAGUCCUAGUUCAUACUGAUGUUUAAGGUAACCUGUAGCCGACGUGCACCAGUUGAUGAUUCCAAAUGCAGUUUUACAUGUUAGAAUCGGUCUAGGAUUUCCAGUGUUUCUCAUGCUUCCAAGUCACUAAGAACUGCCAAAAUAGUUAUAGUUGAAGUGACAAUCAUUCAGUAGCACCACCCAUUUUACAUAUUGUUGUAGGUUUGUACUUUCCACUCCUAAGCGGUGGAAAGUACAUACUCAGUUCAUAUUCAGAUUCCACUAAGACAUUCCUUCACUUACCAGUUUAAACUCACCUAUUCACUGUAAUAUAAAACCAGAUCUCACAAUACUCAGUAACACUGAUUGACUCGGUCAUUCUAAAAUAUGUGCAAUAUCCUUUCGGGACUACGUGUAAAAAAAAGUUCUAGGUGUAAUUAAUUUUAUAUUUUGGAAUAAGAAAAGCCUCUGUUUUAGUAUGCAAAUCUUUGUUAACAAAAAUAAGGGUUUAUUUAGAACCAAAAGUUGAUCUAAACCCCCACAAGCAAAUUGCACCUUUAUUGUUGUUAAUAUUGUACUUCAUACCGUGAUAAGAAGUCAGUUGAGCUUCUUUCGCUGGACCACAUCUUCAGACAUGUAAAUUCCAAACUGCCCCCGCUGAUUUUGAAGAAUGAUGUUGGGCUUUUAAAGAAGAUUUUAAUUUGCUUGAAUGGGGAAAUGUUAAAUUGUGAGUUUUUAGUCUAACAAAACCAUUUUAGUAACAGGCAAUUUGUUGUCAAAAGAGGCCUUGUCCCACAUCUACAGUAAUACCACAAAUAUGCAGGCUUCAAUUAUGUUUCUUAAAAGGUGUUAUCUGGAUGUGAAACCUUGUCCUAUGUUGUAACUAUUCCACCUGUUGGUUCAUCAUAUUCGUGCUGUGGCUUAUUUCAAAGUUGUGCAUUUCUGUUAAUACUCAAGCAUUCCCAUGCCUGUUCAUUCCAAUGCAUCGUCAGUAGAAUUUCUGUCUGUGUUAUGAGUGAAAUAAAAAUAAUCUGUUAGGUUAUGCACCUGUUGUUUUGUAAACACUAAUUUAUUUAAUUUGUUAUACAGCGCAUAAACAUUAAACUUUAUUUUUUGAGA